GUGUGUGUGUGUGUGUGUGUGUGUGUGUGUAGGAAUGGUGUCUGAGGUGGUGGGUACCCUCAUUGGUGCCGUAGCCCAAGCCUUGUCCAUAUCCCUAUUUGUCAAGAAACCAUCGGAAUGUGUUGACUAUAAGACUGAACCAGAAGAUUUACUAUCCGCGGAGAAACUUGCGUACCUUGUUGGUGGCAGCAUCGUUGGCUUUCUUAUGCUUGACUGUGCGUUGUCACCAUUUCUUGGAGUCAAGGAAGUGAAGGACACGGCUGUUCGUCGAGAGCCGUUGAGUUUCUUCAAUGGCUUGCAGUACACGUUUAAGCAGUGACCGUUUGUGUAUUUGAUGAUGAUCUAUUUGUGUGCUUGGUUGAUGGUCUCGCUUGUGCAGACGAACUUGGCUUUGUAUGUUCAGUAUGUGUUAGAUAUGGAGAGCCAGUUUCAGUAUGUCAUCAUUCUUUUGCUGGUUGUCGUUGUAUUUUCUAUUCCCAUGUGGCAAUUGUUUCUUCUUCGAUUUGGCAAAAAGACGACAUAUGCAACAGGAAUUACAUUGGUAUUGCCAGCUUUGUUUGCAUUCUUGUAUAUUGGUGCGGAUGAUAAUUAUGUUGUGUGGCCGCUUGCUGUCAUUAGUGGCAUCGGAAUUGGAUCAGCUUAUCUUGUUCCUUGGUCAAUGCUGCCUGAUGCUAUAGAUGAGGCUGCAGCUCGAGAUGGCGUGAGACGUGAAUCUCUAUUUUAUGCAUUCUUUGUAUUUUGGCAGAAAUUCUCAACUGGUAUUGCUCUUGCAUUAUCAACUUUGGCUCUCCAAGUAUUUGGCGACUACAAAACGGGGCAAUGCAACCAACCAUUGUCGGUCUCUCUCACUCUGAGACUCCUCAUAUCCACCGGUCCUAUUCUUCUCAUAAUUCUAAGUUUCUAUUUCACAUGGCGAUAUCCAAUAACAGAGACGAAACGAUGGGAAAUCAAGCAAACCCUUGAAAGCAGAAGAAAUGAAAAUGCAACAAAAUCGUAUCAAACGAGUACAAAUAGGACAUCAAGAGGCAAGAAACCGGCUGAGCAGUCGGACGCUGUAGAUGGUGUGACGUCAGACACUAAUGUAGAUACAUGGAGUGCCGUGUCCGGGUUGGCACAUCCUCAAACAUCAUGAUUUGUUUGUAUGAUUUUAUUAUUGUUGUUGUGACAUAUCGGAGCGAUCAAAUGUUUAAUAAAUUGUACCUGAUUUGAUAUCAAUUAUUAUCAUUCUAUGAUUGUAUAUAAUACAAUAAC